AUGGGAUGGCUGGGCACAGUGCAGCCAGCAGCUGGUGGCGGGAGCAGGAAGGUGGCAGAGGCCAUUCACGUCUCAGGAGACCAAGGGGCAGAGAGCUUCCUGAUCCAGUGUGUGAAAGUAGGCCGAGGGUACUUUACCAUUCUGCGAGAGGAAAGUGCCAUGAAAAAGAGGCAACAGCAACUCCAGAAGCUGAGAGAGGAAGAAUUGAACAAAUUCCAGCCAGCCAAGAAGUUCUCAGAUACCCACUUCCGGAGGACCACCCUGCUGGCUGCCUACGAAGACGAGAAGAUGAGGAAGGUGGACGCCAGCAUCAUCCGCCCAUUCUCGCCGGUCUACAGCUCCAUCAUUUCUUCCUCCUUGCCUGAGUCUCAUGUGGAACCCCUCUACCGCCAGCUGUGUGCUCUCCACUGGCUUCUAGAGGCGCUGACAAUCGACUACACCCACCAUACCAUGAAGCCCCUGAUUGCCUGUUGGAACCCCAAGGACCCAGGUGGCAGCAAGAGCGCAAUAAGAAAGAUCAACAAGGAAAAGUCCAUGGGGCAGAGGUGGGACCACUUCGUCACGGCACCUAAGACCAAGAAACUAAAAGUCCCUGCCAUGCGCACAGCCAGCCGCAGACUCAGCAGGCGAGGCUCCACCCUCAGUCUGUCUCGGACCAGCGGGGCGUCUUCUCCCCAGAGCAGCAUGCUUUCCGUGAACCCUGGCUCUGACGAGCCCCCAAGUGUAGUCACCGGCAGCAAAGACAUUGAGGACAAUGAGUCAUCUUCCACUAAGCCAGAGGAAGAAACUCUCCAUGCCCACUUGCAGAAGCUCCUGGAAAUGGUCCGAGAAGACGCCCGAAGAGCGAUCAUGAUGAUGAUGCAAAAGAAAGCUCCCAGCCUCCUGACUGUAGUCAAUCAAGUCAAGAGCGAUUAUAUGUGGAAGGAGUGGCAGAGUACCCACAGGCACAGCGAGAGAUCCAGCACCACAAGCGGAGAGAGCCACAUCCAGGUGACCCCGAAGAAACCAAAGGGCCGUGCUAAUCGUGACAUCAUCCAGUGCAAGAGCGGGGUGUGUGAUAGCAUGCGGGCCAAGUUUUACAGCAUAGCCCAGGAGGCAGGCUUCUGCCUACAAGACAAGAUGGAAAUCCUCACAAAGCGCCAAGAAGAGCGAGGUCUCCAGAAAUUCCAGUCCUUUGUUCUCGCCUCGAAUUUCCAAAAGGACUUAUCAAAGAUGAGGCACCAGGUUCCGGUGGUGAAGGGGGACGCAGAGGAGAUUGCUGACCACUGGUACUUUGAUUUGUUGUCCAAACUCCCUGAGGAUCUGAAGAACUUCCGGCCCGCCAAAAAGGUCCUGACAAAGCUGCAGAAGUUUGGAGAGAACCUGGACCUGAGGAUCCGGCCACAUGUCCUCCUGAAGGUGCUCCAGGACCUGCGGAUCUGGGAGCUGUGCUCCCCAGACAUUGCAGUGGCCAUUGAGUUUGUGCGAGAACACAUCAUCCAUAUGCCAUCAAAUGAUUACGUCAACUGGCUACAGGGCCGGGUCAACAUGCCCAUCCAGCAGCAAGCCCAUCCGACAUAGUGGGGGCCAGGCCCAGCGGAGAAGGGCAAGCCAGCACCAUGUUCCUACGUCCAGCCAUGCCAUUGCCUCCUCCCUUCUCUCAUGGACACACA